ACCAUAUGGCAGUGAACCGGAGGCCAGACCCUCGGGAAUGACGAGGUGCCGCGAGCAGCAGCAGAUGCUGCUGGGGCAGUGCGGCGGUAGCAGGAUCGCGUGCCUGCCGUGGUGUGCCAUCUACCGCCUGCGCGCCCAGCUGCCGCCCGCUGUCGUUGUCGAUGGCGGGUCGGGGUACUGCAAGUUUGGCAUGAGCAACGACGCAGCGCCAUCAGGACGCAUCGCCACCUUUCUGGAGUUUGGAAACAUCGAGGCACCUUCCCUCGCCCGCCUUCGAGCCCUCUUCUCCUCCAUCUAUGCCAGCAUGCGAGCCAUUCCCGCCAACCACCCAGUUGUCGUCUCCGAGCCUCUCGCUUUCCUGCCAGAAACGCGUGAGGCGCAGGAGGGGAGGCGGCAUCUGAGGGAGGUGACAUGUGCCGUGCUCUUCAGUGCCCUGCGCGUGCCCUCCAUCUGCCUUGUCGACCAGGCCACCCUGGCCCUGUUGGCAGCGGGGGCAGCAUCAGGCGUGGUGGUGAACAUUGGCUUCCGCAGCACCACAAUACUUCCCAUCAUGCGAGGCCGCACCGCAUGCAGCCUGCUGCCCUUCUACUGCCUGCCGCUGGGCGCCAUGCGAGUCACGGGGCACCUCAGCCAGUUACUGCACGAUUCUGGGAUCGUGUGCCAGUCCAUGUUCACUGUGCGCACCGUCAAAGAGUCGCUGUGCUUUGUGGCGCGGGACUUUGAGGCAGCGAGGAGGGGCGAGGAGAGGGGGGUGCGGGGCACGUGUGAGGUGCCGGGGGAGGGUGCCUUCACUCUCACCAGGGAGCGCUUCCUCGCCCCUGAAGUGCUCUUUCAACCUCACCUCUGUGGCCUCGGCGGCAGGGGCAUACAGCAGGCAGUGGCGCAAUGCAUAGUGGAGUGUGCUGCCCGGGUGAAGGCGUUUCAGGCGCAGCAGGACUGGAAGGCCCGACACAGCCACGCGGGAGAGGCACCGGCUGCAGAUGAGGAGAAGGAGGAGAAAGGGGGGGAGGAGGGUGAGCGAGUGCCUGGGGCGGGGCCAGGGGGUGAAGGUACCACGAGGCGGGUGGGAAGUGGGGAGGGGGAGUCAGGGACGGGUGGGGGGGUGUGGGGGCGAGUGCCUGCGCCACUGUCAAGUGAGGAUGUGGCGGAGGCGAUCGGCACCGUGGUGGUGGCGGGGGGCACGUCUGCGCUGCCAGGGAUAGCAGAGCGGCUUCAUCUAGAGCUGCAGCGCCUGCUUCCCCCGCCCCUCGCUGACAGACUCACUGUGAAGGCAGUGGGGCCUUAUGGUGCAUGGAUGGGCGGCAGGACCGUUGCCACUGUGAGUGUUAUUGGCUGUGACUGA